GCAACAGGGCAGGCCAUGCCAGAUAGUAAAAGACAAGGGGGAGAUGGAGGUGGAGGUGGGUGCUCGCGGGGCAAGUGGAAGCUGUGGAAGGGAUGCACCCGCUCGGCCAUCCCGGCACUUUUCACCAUCGCUGAGGAGGAGGAAGGGCUGAGACGGAGAGAUGCUCGAAAGAGGAAGAAAAGAGCGUCUGACUCCCAGUAUACAUCGGAGGAUGGCAGAUUGUCUACGUCAGCCACCCGACCCAGCUCCUCGGGCUCCGGGCACACCUACAGUCCCACCCUGACCCCCACCCCAAAUACCACCCCUACCCAGACUCACAACACCACCAGCAACAGCCCCAGUUACAAUGCUGCCAACAGACCCGAGUCGUUGCUCUUCAACAAGAUCGACGAGAGACAGAGAUUAGCCCGUGAGCGCCGGGAUGAGCGUGAGAAACAGAACGCUAUCAAGGAAGCCCAGUGGCAGGCGCGUGAGGAGCGUGCCCGGCAGCACUAUGAGAAGCAGCUGGAGGAGAAAAAGAGGAGGCUGGAGGAGCAGAGGAUAAAGGAGGACAAGAGACGGGCUGCCGUGGAGGAGAAACGUCGACAGAAACUGGAGGAAGACAAGACUCGUCACGAGGCGGUGAUGCGUCGCACGUUGGAGAGGAGCCAGAGAGCCAGACAGAAGCCCAACCGGUGGUCUUGGGGAGGGCCGCUGCACACAAACAAUCCCACCACGCCAACCGGUUUUGUCGAGUCGGCUUUCCUCUAUCCACUCGACCUUGCCGGACUGGAGCACAUGCAGAGUGCUUUCAGUCUCUACCACAGAUACGGAGUGACCUCUCAAUAUGCUGACAGGCGGUCAGUUUCCACAAUGAAUUUAUCCAAACACACAGACCCUGUUAUAACCAAGCGCUUCUCCUACUCCUCUGCCACACUCCUACACUCACCAGACAGAGGCUUACAGAUGAGAACAGCCUCCUCUCCUGUCAUUAGCAAAUCUCAGUCCAAAUCCCGCCUGAACCAGGGAAAGACAACUCAGCACAAAAACACAGGCCCGCGCCGUCUUCCCCUGACGGCAUGGGAGAGCAACGUUGUGAACCGCCUGCAGCAGCCCACACACUCCUAUCUGGCUCGGAGCCGCAGUGCCAUGAGUCUCUCUGGAGAGCAAAUAGCCAUACCUGUUUGUCCUCGCUCAGUGUCCUGCCAUCCCAUGGGCUCCAUGUCCUUCAAAGCCCUGCAGGCCCAGCCGCUGCCUCACUGCCGCAGCCAGGAGAGGAGCCUCAGCCGGGGGACGGUGUCCUCUGCCCCCAACACUGCUCGCAGGAAGACCACCGGCAGCACACAGCAUAAGGACCGGGACAAUGUCAGGAAGUCAUGGAGCAACCUGUCUCUCCCAUUGGUUCCCAUUCUGACUUUGCCUCCCAACAAGCGCGCCUCCUCUCCAUGCAAGAAGAACAGAAAAGUGACAGCGCCUCCUCCUGGCAGGCCUCCACAAAAGUCACCAGGGCGCCCACCCACCCCAAAGCAGCUUAAGUCUCCCGGGGCAGAAGAUCCUGGAAAUCUUCGUCCUUUCAGGGUCCCAUCCGAGAGUCCCCAGCCCACCAGAGCCCCGGGAGAGGAGGAACAAGAGCAGGUCCUCAGUCCUCCUCAGCCUCGACCUCAGCCGCUGGGCCAGAACAAGACUAACAGUGAGCAGACACCAGCAGUAGCCAGCGAGAGUGCAAGCAGCCCUCCAGCCCACAAGCCCUCAGCAGGCACUACAGAUCCAGAGGAGGCAAGUCGUAUCCUGGCUGAGAAUCGCAGACUGGCACGUGAGCAGAGGGAGAGGGAGGAGGAGGAGCGCAAACAGCAGGAGGAGCAGCGGAGGAUAGCGCAGGAGGAGAUGGCUCGCCGUAAGGCAGAGGAGCGAGUGAAGAGAGAGGAGGAGGCUCAGCGUCAGGCCGAGGAGCAAAGAAAAAAGGAGGAGGAGGACAGAAAGGUGGAGGAAGAGAGACUUCAGAAAGAGAAAGAGGAGGCGGAGAAACAGAAAGAGGAGGAAGAGUCGCGACAGAGGGAGGAGGCGGAGCGGCUGAGGAAGGAGAGAGAGAAACACUUCCAGAAAGAAGAGGCUGAACGCUCAGAAAGAAAAAAGCGUCUGGACGAGAUCAUGAAGAGAACAAGACGUUCGGAUCCAUUAGAGAAGAAAGUUGUUCCCAAUAGAAAUGGAGACAAUGCAGAGACCCCUGCCACUCCCAGUCCAUCUGCAGUGACCGCAUCACAGUCACAUAAUAGCAACGGUCGUCAGCCAGACUCUGAAUCCUCAGCACUGAGCCAUCCUGACCAGAGGGAGAACGGGGAGUUUGAAGAGGUGAUCGUACUGCCUUCACAUUCCAGGCUGUCUCCUCCUGAGGGAGAGGAGCAGCAGCACGAGGAGGAAGAGGAGGGGAGAGUUCCUGUUAUAGCCUUCAGGGAGAAUGGUCUCCUAAAGCCUCUGAGUGGAGUAGAGGACAUAUCAGCCCAGCAGGGACCAGAGAGAACUUCCUGAAGUGAGAUGGCGACAGAGCGGUAACAUAGAGCUGUUAUCAAAGCGAGGACUCACAGCAUCAUAGCCAGACCCUUCCAGAGGACUUCUUUCUCAGAACAGCACCGCAGCCACUUCCCAAAGAUGGAGUCUCCAAAGAUCUCCUAAAGCUUCCCCAGAAAGAAAAUUACUUUCCCCCGAACAAACUCUCUGAGGAACAGAUGCUCUCUCUGUCCCCAACCACUCUGUCAUUACAUUCUGUGUACAGCCCCCGCUUCUGAAGUGAACGUCCUGAAAUCCCAGAAGCACCGAAUGCCACCACGUGACUAUCUAAAUGCGUGUGUGAAUGAAUGAGAGAUUAAUAAUAAUGUAAACUGAGAUCAGCUGUUGAGUCUUCAGCCCUGAUACUUGAAGAGAUUUUUUUUGUUGUCGCUGUAGAACACACUGUAAUCAGACAUGUGGCGUUUUAACCGGAACUCGCACAACAGGCUCCGGAUCACACGGUUUCAUUAACGUGUUUUAUCUCAAGUUUCAGCGUUUCUAUUGAAAUGUUACUGAAGAGAUGUAGGAAGGAAGUCUGUGCAUGAAGUUGUAUUAUGACUACAGGAACGUGUCAUGUGAUGUAAUAUAUUUUUGCUGAGUCUACAGUGUUUAAGACUAGAGGUUAUUAAUGGGGGCGUUGGAGGAUCCUGAAGUUAAAUAACGGCAAAAUGAAAAUACUGUUCUCAACUGAGAAUUAGGGUGUAAACUACUGAUUUCUUUUUUUUUUUGUUUAGUUUUAUUUAAUUGCUGUACAGAUGAAAUGUGAUUCUUUGUUUUGUCCUCCACACUGUCUGUUUAAAAAAUCUGCUUUGUCGUUAAAUCCCUUUCCUUUCAUUUGCUUACCCUUUACCUCAUCGCUGACUUUUGUUUUGGCCAAGCAAAUACAAAUUGAAUUAAAAUAAUAUGGUGGUGAUGUUAAAAUAAUGAAAUAUGUUUGUUGAUUGAGGAAUUAAGAAAGAAAUGCUGCUAAUUUUCCUUUGCCUUACCGCAUUGUGGCGAGUAUGAUGUCGCUUCUCACUCAGGUGAAGAUAUGCAUUCCCAGCGUGAGCUUUGACAUUUUGGCCACAUGCCACGACUCUCCGGUUACUUCUGCUUGAUUUAUGUUAAACAAUAUCAAAGCCUGUGAUGAAAUGUCAUCAUAUAAAAGCUAUCGGUUCUUCCUACUGCUUUUCAUUUAUGAAUGACAAAACAGGGAAGAUUAGAGGAUAACACUGGAACCAAACUACCCUGUGAUAUUCUCUUACAUCUCUCAGUAACGCUGCUCUCUCAGCAUUUGGUUCUCAAACCUCUGCACUUUCCUCUUAGAUAGAAUUUUGCAGUACCACCAAAAAUGGAAGGAUACUCCAGAAAGAUUCCUCAUGUCUUGUUUGUGUAGUGCUGGUUUCUGCCAGUAGUACAUAGCAUGCUGUUCCACAUGGUCACAGCUUGAAAAUAAACUGCUUGUAAAUGUUAUUAUACAUACGUAUCCUAUAAAUGAUGUUUAAAAGCUGAUAUAUUUUACUAAGACUGACUAAGAACACAAGGCUUUGAAAACUGGCCUUUUACUACCAAGAGGGGCUGUGGGAGAUCUGUGAACCACUGUCGAACUGAUCACUGUACAACUGCUGGCAAGUAAAUAAACCUUUUUGAAUUGA